UUGGAAUUCCUACCACAACAUCCGCCGACAACAAGAGCGCGAGGUCUGGUUGCAUUCAAGAAUAAUGCACCGUAUCUAUAUGGCAGUGGGAAGUAUCAGCCUAAAAUGACGCAGUCUAUUGUUGUACAAGUUGGACAGUGUGGUAAUCAAAUUGGAUGUCGGUUUUGGGAUUUGGCACUUCGUGAACAUGCAGCCGUAAACAAGAAUGGUGUUUAUGACGAGCCAGUAUCCAGUUUCUUUCGGAACGUUGACAGUCGAUAUGACGAUCCAGCAGAUAUUCCCUUGGGAACUGGAAAGGGAAAAAUCCGUUCUCUCAAAGCAAGGGCUGUGUUGGUGGACAUGGAGGAAGGCGUGGUCAGUGAGAUGAUGAAGGGACCGCUGAAAGAAGUCUUUGAUUUCAAACAGCUGCUCACAGAUGUGUCCGGAUCGGGAAAUAACUGGGCCGUUGGUCACAAGAUGUAUGGAAGCCAAUACCAGGAGACCUUGUCUGACACAAUACGACGGGCUGCCGAGUUUUGCGACUGCUUGCAGUGUUUUUUCUUAAUUCAUUCCAUGGGUGGAGGAACUGGGUCAGGUGUUGGAACGUAUAUUUUAAAUCUCUUGGAAGAAGAAUAUCCAGAUGUUUACAGGUUUGUUACUGCAGUCUACCCAUCAGCUGAAGAUGAUGUGAUUACCUCCCCUUACAACAGUGUUCUUGCUAUGAGAGAACUCACAGAACAUGCCGAUUGUGUUCUGCCAAUAGAGAAUCAGGCUCUGGUUGACAUUGUGGAGAAGAUCUCUCGAGCCGUGCCGUCCCUGCGGACAGGAAAGCGCGUCUACUCCGCGGCCGGUCAGGUGAAGAGUGGCAGUGAGAUCUCCAGUGGUCAGGGAGGAGUCACGAAAACGAAGGAUGAGAAACCAUUCGACAGCAUGAACAACCUGGUGGCUAAUUUACUAGUUAAUUUAACCAGCUCUGCACGGUUCGAGGGUUCACUGAACGUGGAUCUGAACGAGAUCACGAUGAAUCUCGUUCCGUUUCCACGACUCCAUUAUCUCGUCUCCAGCCAAACGCCGCUCUACGCUUCGUCCGACGUCUGUCUGCCUCCAACACGGUUAGACCAGAUGUUUUCUGAUGCCUUUUCCAAAGAUCACCAGCUGAUAAAAGCUGACCCCAAGCACAGCUUGUAUCUGGCAUGUGCGCUGAUGGUUCGGGGAAACGCAGAGAUAUCCGACAUUAGAAGAAAUAUAGACAGGUUAAAGCCUCACCUCAAGUUCAUCCACUGGAAUCUUGAGGGCUGGAAGACGGGUCUGUGUUCCGUUCCCCCCGUCGGACAACCGUACUCGCUGCUCACUCUGGCCAACAACACGUGUGUGCGACACACCUUUACCGAACUCCGAGACAGAUUCGUCAGACUUUACAAACGAAAGGCUCAUGUUCAUCACUACACUCACAUAGACGGGAUGGAGUUGUUGGACUUCACAGAGAGUCUCGAGUCGCUGACUGCGAUUGUUGCUGAGUACACCGGUCUGGAGUCACAGAUGCACAACCCACCACCUCCAGAACCCAGGCUCAACAUCGUCAUGUGACGGCAACGUCCACAACCCACCACCUCCAGAAC